AUGGCGUUGGCAGAAGAAGAAGGAAGAGAGGGAAUAAUAAUAGAAACGAAUAGAAAAGAACCUCAAAGAGUAUCAAGAUCAAGGUCAUUGAGAUCAUUUAAGAAUACCGGUAAAAAUGAUGAUUCUAUCGAUGAUUUGUUUGACUUCGAUUCCGAUGAAUUUGAAAUCAAUCCAACAAGGAAACUAAGUUUGCUCCAGCAUGUUACUGGCAUGAAUCACAAAAAAAUCAUUAAAAAAUCACGAUUACAGCAACGAGUGUCCAUGUCAGAAGAAUCAUCAGAACCCACAGUGGACAGAGAAGAAGCAGAUCCAUUGUUACACCAGCAGAGACUUGAAGGGAAAGAACAAAAGCAAAGGAGGGGAAAGAAAUCCGCAAGUUUAAUAACCGCUGUAGAAACGAAGAAGAAGAUUACACAAAUGAUCUUAACGAUCGAAAAACAUACAAUUAAUAUACCGAAGAGAGCUUCAGAGGAAAAUAUAAAUGAUGUUCUUCCUGAUUCAUUAUAUACCAAUUUCCAUAAAAGAAUGUUGAGACACGAAAAUAGAAUGAUUGACCAAGAUAUCAUACAAAGUGAAAAUGAAGCUGAAAGAUUGACUUUAAUUAACGAAAAAUUAGAUAUGAUUAUGUGGCCAACGAUCUUACAGAAGGUUACGAAGAUUAAUGAUCCAACGGACGACGAUGAAAUGACAAGGAAAAGAGCUCAAACAAAAGAAUGUAUAGAAUCGAUGUUAGAAAAAUUUCAUUCAAUGAAAAGAAGAAGCAAUGGAUUAACUGGAAUUCAAAAAGGUGGAAAAGGGAAAAAAAUUAACCCAUUCAGAAACUGGAACAAAAUUUAUUCUAAAAUCGAUCGAACCCUACUUUACCCAGAAUAUCAUAGCUCGUCUGAUGAAGAUGAAGAUGCUAUGGAUAUUGAUACAGUCAGAGCACAUAGAAGGGCUUUGAGAGAAGGUCAAUGUGGCGGUUCCAUUAUAGUAACCUUAAAUCCUUCUAUAAGGUUCGCAAUUGUGGCUGAACCUCUUCGGAAACCGUAUGUCGUGAAAGCAUCACCAAAGGAAAAGAAAAGAUGGAAGCAACAAAUUAAAAACCCUCGUCCAUUUAGUUAUCAUCCAGAACUACUAGGCCAAAUCGCCGUUCCAGUAAGGAAAGUAAAAAUUCCUUUUACUUUAUCAUCAUUGCCUAACGAAGAUGCUUCUAUGAGUGAAUUAGUUGAGAAAGCUAAAUAUGGCGAAGACUUUUCAUCAAUACCCACAGUUGCUAGUAAGCCAGGAAAUUCCAACUCUGAAACUAUUAAAAUGGAUACACCAAUUGCAGCUCCUCCUAAAGUGCCCCCAACAUUUGAUAUUUCAGAAUUUGCUGCACCAAAAUUGGAAGAACCACAAUCUCAGAAACUUGAACAUACAAACAAAACUGAGGGCAGGAAAAAGAAGGAAGCGAAUAUGUCAAAGCUGAACUCCUUUCCGACGUCACCUAUUAAUAAAUUGCAAGUAAACACUGCUUCAUCAGAAAAAAGUAUAUUAGCUGCAAAAAAAUACAAAGAAAACCUGAACCCGGUAGUGUUAUUCCCAAAAUGGAUCCCAUGA